UCGACUUCGCCGCAUCCACCGCGUCUCACUCCCGCGCGGCCACCGGCGAACUCGCCGCGCGGCCGCGGUGCCUCCUCCUAGCGGUAUCGCGUAAGCUUCGGCUCUCGCGACCUCACACUCUCCCGUCUAGCCCCGGUCCCGAUGCGGCUAGAGCCAAAACCCUAAAGUCCUAAACCCCUGAAACAAGCAUCCGGCUCCUACUCGCGCCGUGGGCAUGGACGCGCUCGUCUCGGCGGCGCUAGAGGAGGUGUGCGUCCGCCUUGCACCCGGGAUCACCGUCUCGGACCUCUGGCCGGCGCUCCGCGGUGCGCUCGAGGCCGCCGACCUCCCGCUCGGCCCGCCCGUCAAGCGCGCACUGUGGGCCCGCCUCCUCGCUCUCCCCGUUGUCAGGCUCGUGGAAGGGGACGGGGAUGGGACGCCCGUCGCGGCCGGCGACCCCGCGGGGCAGGACGUGGAGGAGGCCGAGCGGCGGGGCUUGCGGCUGGUGGCAAGCGCAGCCAUCAGGGACAACUUCCUCGGGAUGUAUGAACGCAGGUUCGCGAAAUCGGAGCUGAGUUCCGUCCAGAAGAAGGCACUGGAGUGUGUUGCGGCAAGCAGGACUUCUGGUGUAACACAGAAUGAUCUAUGCAAAAAGUUUGACAUGAAAGGAAACAAUUUUCAUUUUAUUGUAAAGAGUCUUGAAUCACAGUGUUUAAUAGUUAGACAAUCAACUAUCGUAAAGGGGAAAGACCAUGGGGCUAAGGGGGAAGAUGCCUCACAAAAUAAACAGAUUAUCAACACCAAUUCACUAUAUCUCUCCCGAUAUGCCAAAGACUUGAACAUGAAUCCACACCAAAGAAUUGAGAUUAUAAAGCCAGAGCUACUGGGGAGCAAUGAAGAGAUCAAUGUAGAUGCCUCACAAGAAGAUGGGGCUUUUGGUGUAAACUUCAAGAAUGAUGUAUCUAUUCAUGAUUAUCUUCCAGCAAUGAAAGCCAUAUGUGAAAAACUUGACGAAGCUAGUGGAAAGGCUCUUGCUGUGUCAGAUAUAAAAAUCGAUCUCGAUUACAGGAUGGCGUAUGGUCAUAGAGCAUGGAGAAAUGUAUUGCAUAGGCUAAGAGACGAACAACUUAUCGAAGAAUUUGGUGCCCAAGUUGAUGAUAAGGUUGUUCGUUGUUUGCGUCUGUUAAAGAAAUUUGAUCCAAAUGAGUUUCAGCCAAAAAGUACAGCCUCAAACUACAAAUUUGGCAAGAAAGGUCAGGCAACUGAUCAAGUUUUGGAACUUCCGUUAGAGAACUGUAUAUAUGAUAUGAUCAGUGCUCAAGGGACAAAAGGUAUAACACUUGUUGAGAUUGGUAAACGUCUUGGAUACAACAAUUCCAAAAGGCUUCACAAACGAGUAUUAUCUAUGCUCCAAAAGUUCAAUUUGACAAUGGAGACUGAAGUUCCAGACAAGGCAUCACAGUACCGAGUUUGGACUUCAAAAAAUUUCUUGCACUACAAAGCUGGAGCUGUUCUGCAAAAUUUUGAGGCGCUACCAGAAGAUUAUGACAACUGUUCUGAUUUGUGGUCACUAGUUCCAUCUGAAGGAUUGGAUUCUCUGAGCCCACAGGGUGAUUUACUUGUUAAUAACAAACUCUUGCUCCAAGAAGAGAGCCAUGAUGAACCAGUUGGACAGCAUCUCCAGACCAACUUUGACGCUUGUGUUGGAGCUUCUCAAUUAGUUAAGGAAGAUAAACUUGCUUUGGGCCAGAGGAAGAGGCGUCGACGCCCUCCUUCAACUUCGGAUGAGCGUCGGAAUCAAAGAAUUCUACAUAUGUUAAAGAAAAAGAAAUUUGUACUAAGGGUGGAGUUACAUAAAUGGUUAGAGGGACUAGAAAAGAAAAACGGAAAAUUAAUGGAUCGGAAGACAUUGACUCGCGCUUUGAAUAAGCUUCAGGAAGAGGGCAGCUGCAGAUGUAUCAAAGUUAGUGUUCCUUUGGUUACAAACUACACUCGCAGUCGUCUCAUUGAUGUAAUACUGCAUUCUUCUGUUGGGAUUGGGGACUUGUCACUGGAACUUGUGGAUCAAAUUAGGACCAGACAAAGGAAUUUUGAUACUGAAUCUCGUACAGGUGCAGCAGCAAAAAUGAAGCAAAAUCAAAAUAUGACUGCCAUACCUGGUCUGAGGAUCUCACGCAGAGUUAAAGUUAACAAACCUUUACUAUUAGAAGCUAUGAAUGCCAAUGGAUUCAUAGGUGCAAAGAUGAUUCGGGCAAAGCUAUUCCAUAAAUUUCUGUGGGUAUAUGUUAGCAGUUUAUCAAAUUGCUGCAAUGCGUUUGGUUGUGCCAAAGAAGCCCAUCCUGACAAGAACAUUAAUCAAUCAUGCCUGUUAUUUUCGAUGGCAGCAGCUACAAAAGAAAUGCCUCUUGAACUCUUUCUACAAGUUGUUGGAUCAGCAAAGAAAAUUGAUAACAUGGUUACUAAGUGUAGGCUUGGAAAAACACUCUCAGAAAUUCCUAUCAAGGAAUACAACCAGCUCAUGGAUACUCAUGCCAGGAGCAGACUCUCUCGUCUAGUGAAUAUUUUAGACAAGCUCAAGUUGGUCCAACUUGCAAAAGAACUUGUAGAGGAUAUUGGUGUGCCAUCAGAUGACGUGCCUACACAUGUAAUGGAGCUCAGGCCUUAUAUUGAAGAACCUAUACCAAUAAUUCUUCCAUCUUCCCAAGCAAACAAUCAUCAAAAAAUUCGGCACGAUUUUGUGCUUUCAAAGCAGGAGUUUGUUGAUGCCUACUGGGAAACAUUAGAGUACUGUUAUGGCUUGGCUGAGCCGUCUAGUGCCUUCCCUGGCUGUUCUGUACCUGAGGUUUCGCAACGUCGUUCAUGGAGUUCAGUUAGAGUUAUGACUACUGAACAACGCCUAGAACUACAGCAGCGUAUUAUGAAUGUCAGUGAGGAGGGGAAAAUUCCUUUUAAAGACUGUGUUAGAAUAGCAAGGGAACUGAAUCUCUCUGUUGAGCAGGUGCUUCGUGUUUCAUAUGCUAGGCAAUCUCGUCUUCAAGAACUGCCAAGCGUUCCUGCUACACAAAAGCAGCAAAAAGUUAGUUCCAGAUUGACUUCUCAGAAAAGGAAGAGAUCUGCUGAUGAGAUUACCCUGAAGUUUAUUAAACGAAAAGUCCAAGCGAGUGGAUCCGCUGAACAGAUAUCUGAUCAGUCUACCCUGGCUGAGGAAGUACCAGAUAGAAUUUCUCCAUCACCCACUGAGCUAAAAGACCAAAGUGAUAUGCUGGUAUCCAGAAGUGGCAGCACAUCCAAAUACCUUGCAGAUGAAGAUAAGGAAAGCAGUCCAAUGAUCAGUCGUUCUACCAUCUUAAGGAAAAGCCACAUGAGAAGUAAAAGAUUCUUGUGGACAUACGAAUCUGAUAGAAAAUUGCUGAUCAUAUACAUUAGAUUCCGUGCAAUGCUCGGAGCAAGAUAUUCUCGUGUAGAUUGGAACUCUCUCUCUGACCUUCCAGCUCCACCGCCUACAUGUCGUAGAAGGAUGGCAUUAUUAAAGAAAAACAAAAACGUAAUAGGUGCUGUGAGGCGAAUAUGUACACUUCUUGGCAAACGCUAUGCUAUAUACCUUGAAAAGGAAAGGAGAAGAUUGCUUCCCCAAAUCUCAAAUACUAGUCAGGAAAACAGUUUGGGUACAGACUCUGAGCAAUUCAGUUGGGAUAAUUUUGAAGUUUCAGAAAUAAAAGCCGCACUUGACGAAGUUCUUGAAUUAAUUCGGGCAGAAAAAAUGGACCAGACCAAGAGAGUUGGGCCCAAGAAUCUGAAGAACAAUAAUAAUGAUAAUGAUGUCACAGAGGACAUUAUGUGUUCACAGGAACUGCUGAAUAAUCAGGUUACCAGUGAAACCAGCAAAAGCACGUCAGUUCCAGAAAGCGAGCUUUAUAAUCAUAAAAAAUCGUGCAGACGUUCAAAUGCAAUCCAAGCAAGUGAAAGCAUGGACACUCAACGCAAAUCUCAUGAGAAGGUCAUUAAGGUCAACAAAAAUAAAAUUACUGAAAGAGAUCUAUGCAAAUCCUUGGCUGUUGCAAAUGCAUUGGAGCUUCUGAAGUUGGUUUUUCUCAGCACAUCAUCAGGGUCAGACGUACAAGCUUCACUAGCGGCAACCCUCCAGCUUUAUUCAGAGAGUGAAAUUUUUACUGCCUUUUCCUUUCUGAAAGAAAAGAAUUACAUGGUUACUGGAAAUGGAGCAAAGCCAUAUACCCUUUCUGGAACAUUCUUUUUCAAUGCUUCUCAUUCCCCCUUCCCGUUUGGUUCAGGGGAAAAAGCUUCUGAGUUUUCGAAAUGGCUUGUAGCCCAGCAACAGAAUGUUACAGACAAUGGAGUUUAUUUGUAUCCAGAUCUACAAUGUGGUGAAAUUGUUCAUCUCUUCUCUCUGGUUUUAUCAGGAGAGUUGUUCAUUUCACCUUUCUUGCCAAGUGAAGGAGUAGGCGAGGCUGAUGAACCUAACAGCUCUAAUCCUUUGGCCAUAUAUACCGGUCGAUUGGAUGGCAGUGCUCAUAAGCGCGAGGCUGAUACGAUGAAACUGAAAAGUGGCAAGACUAAGAAACACAAACCUUUGCCCAAGAUAGAAAGUGACUUUUGCUACCGCCGGGAGAAAGGGUUUCCUGGUAUCCAAGUGGCUCUGAAUCAGGAGAGAUUUCAAACAAGCAAUCAAAUGCAAGUGUUACAUGAUAAAGAAUGCCUUAUUUUUACUUCAAGCAGGGAAAUAAGUAGCAAGAAUGUUAAUUUGCAUGCGGAAAGUCACAACAUAUCUUAUUCAAAUAACUCCACUUCAUAUCGGCAUUUACUGUCUGAAUCUCAGUUGGAAGACACUUAUAGUGGAUGGCCGUGGAAUGCUAUGGAAAAAUAUGCCAAAGAGUUACCAUCAGUAUCUGAUAACCAAAAUGAAUCAUUCAUAUUGUCUUCUGAACUGUUCAGAAACGCAUUUUGUGCUAUUCAUCAAGCUGGUGAACAAGGAGUUACUUUGAGAGAAUUUUCACAGGCGUUGCAUCCACUAGGUAUGCGGUUGGUCUAUGUGAUUGUUGAUACGUUCAUGAGAUUCCAACUGGCCAUUAAGGUCAAUGCAUAUGAUGGUGUUCAGAUUGUCGACUCAUUACAUAUGUCGAAGUAUCAUAUAACCACACUUGCAGAAUGUGAACAUUGCAGCUGCUCAGGCGCUCCAGCUUCUCAAACUGUGGACAAUGGAGACCCGAAAAAUCUACCGCCACAGAAGCAUGCAAUGCCUAGUAAUUUGCUGGGGACUACAAAAAUGCUUGGUGAUGGGCACACGGUGACUAUCAUUAAUGUUCAAAGCAAGUCAAGCUCACCUCAUAUUUACAGUCAAAAUCUUGGUUUCGAGGAAAGGCCACCUACUCCAAGAGAGGAUAGUAAGGAGAGUAAUUGCUAUCAUGCUUGCGAAGGGCAUAUCUAUAAACCUAUAUUGCCAUGGAUAAAUGGUGAUGGUAGGAUUAAUAGCACUGUCUAUGAAGGUUUAAGUCGUCGCGUUAUUGGCUAUGUCAUGCAAUAUCCUGGAAUAAUGGAGGAGGAUGUUAUCCACCGGAUGGAUGUAUUGAAUCCUCAGACUUGCAGGACCUUGUUGGAUAAGCUAACAUCCGAUAGACACCUUCAUGUUAGGGUGUUUGAUGAACCUGUGCCAACAGCUCCGACCAUAUUGCACAGCCUUUUCAAGCAAGACCCCUGUAAGGAACCAUCCAAGUGUAGAAAGCGCUACUUCGCUAAUCCAAUGAGUACUUUCCUGCUGUAAACGGAUAUGGACUUGCUAUAAAUUUUACAACCUUGUGUUCAGCAUUAUGGUAUGGAAUGCCUGAAUGUUACCCUCUCCCGAA